GUUUUUCAAUCAGAUUUUUAUGUUUAUUUACCAUAAACUCGCGACCUAGGCACACCUGUCACAUUCACAACAAAUUCAAAAACGCAAUAGAAAUGUAACCAAAAAUAGAUACAAAAAUGAGUGCAAUAUUAAAAUUUAUUCGUGAAAACCAUAUACUGGCCCUUAUCGAGCAGGCUAUAGUCAAAAAGAAGUCCCGGCUGAGUUUGAACGCCUACGAAAUUAUUGAAAUCCCGGAAUUGCUUUACACCUGUUCCGAUGUCGAACAUUUAUAUUUGCAUAGAAAUAAAAUAACAGUGAUCCCUCAGGAAAUAACACAGCUAGUGAAUUUAACCACGUUAACGCUAGAUUAUAAUAAUAUAACGCAGCUACCGCCGGAGAUUGGUAAUUUAAAAAACUUAGUGAAUUUGAACAUUAGUUACAAUCCUCUGAAGGUUUUGAUCCCGGAAAUUGGUGAACUUGAAAACUUGGAGGCGUUUUGGUGCAACAAAAUUCAACUGCGGGAGAUACCCAAGGAAAUAGGGAAGUUAGAGAAGCUGGAUACGUUUGGCGCGCGAGGAAAUGAACUGGUUGCCCUACCUGAGGAAAUCACCAAGUUAUCCAAACUAAGAUGGCUCACACUAGAGAACAACUUUAUUGAAGCAUUACCGGACACCAUGGACUCCAUGGAGUCUCUAGUCCACUGCAACUUGAGAAAUAACAGGGUCAAGGAGUUUCCUGUUUCCAUACUCAAGUGUCCAGAUCUCAUGUUUCUGCAGCUAAAUAAUAAUCAGAUAUCGUAUCUCCCAGCGGAUUUCGACACUUGCUACCUUUCCGUUCUGGAGAUGAUCGACCUUCGUCACAAUCCGAUAUGCGAACUCUCUCAUCCUGAACAUCCCCUAGUAAGAUAUGCUGAAGAGCUACCGUCAGCUGAUGGUACUCUUGGAGAUUUAUCCUCUCAACCCUCAAGCAGCAGUCGGCACGGAGCCGCCCAGGCGUUGGCCAUCAACGCGACCGCACUCCGGCUUCCAGCUGUACCGCCCAACAGACAUGCUGAGCCUAUGGUCAUUGCUGAAAUGGACCUGGACGCGUCAUCAGUAGAAUCUUCAGAAGAUUGGGAGAACAGUGUGAACAGUUCAGAAUUGGAUGUCCAGUACCAGAGUGAUGAGGAAAGAGCUGAGAAUGAGAUUGCACAAUUCUUUCAGGCUGUUGGUAUGGUCCUGCCAGAAUUAUCCCGCUACGCGUCGACUGCAAGCUGAAUUAUUUCCAAAAAAGAAGAAAAAUAUCAAAAAUUCAAACUGCCAUCUUGGAUAUAUUCCGUGAGUUUUAAUAAGCAUUCUAAAUUCAAAAAUAUUGGCUGUAUUCUAAAUUUAAAAUGACACUGCCAAGUCAGAAAAGAAAAAAAAUAUUUUUUAAAUGUACCCUUAAAAAUAAUGUUCUAUCAUUCAGUAAUAUAUAAAGAAUUUUAUUGUAAAGGAAAAUAAUUUUCCUAAGGCUAUGUUUUUAUAUAAAUUUUGAACUAUUACCAAAUCCAAGCACAAUUUUCUACUAUACAAUAUUUAUUUUAUAAGUCGGUUAAAAAUGUUUCGUAAUUCACCAAAUCAACACCAGGAUGCAUUAAAAACCUUCAUAUCGAUACUUAAACAUAUAAAUAAGGGAUUGAAAAAAGUUUUUGUAAUAUAUUCCUUAAUAACGUUGGCUAAACAGAAUACUAAGUAUAAUAAUGUAAUUACGUUUAUAAUUACUAUUAUUACGAAAUAUAAUGGGUCAAGACGAUAGGUAAGGGUGAAUUUUUACUUCGAUAGGGUUGUAGCGCGCGUAUUGGUACGGACCAAUAGGCGUAUUCCCAAGAAUGUACACGCACCAAUCAGCGUUCGCCACGCAUAGACGCG